AUGACUCGCUGCAUAGAGUUCCCUGGGCGCAAGUAUGACAGCGAAAGAGCAAGAUGCAAAGAUGAAACCAUAACUUACAAUAGAUAUUGGUCGCCUCAAUUUGGAGUUGAUCUGUUCAGGAAUCCGUAUCUCUUAGCUGGUUCAGGGAAGCAAGUUGCCAAACAGGUCUUUGCAUGGUCCGAUGAGCUGGCGAGGUGUGAUAGCUGGAUCAUCAAGAGUGCAGUAGGUAGAUUUUUGAAGCGAGUUGCGCCGUCCAAUACGGUGCAUCGGGAAGGCUGGUCACUGCCUUACCGUAAAAGAGCAUUGGGUGCGAAUUGGAGAAGCACGAAGUGCUGGGCCUGA